AUGCCUGAAGCCAUAACCGUCACGACCCUCACGUAUGGCAAGAAGGCCAUGAUGGGCACCAUGGGCAUUGUUCUGAACGGCGACAAGGUCCUGCUGAUCCAGAAUAUCAAAACAGACGGUCCUUACGAGACUUGGGCCUUCCCGGGCGGUGGCGUGGACGAGGACGAAACCCCAGAGAAGGCGGUUGUGCGCCAUAUCCAAGAGGAGGUCGGCCUGAAGGUGGCCAUCAAGCACAUCGGAGACGAGACGGUGUGGGGCGAGACCGAUGACUAUUUGGAGGACGACCAGUGGCGGCGCUUCUUCUUUGUCCUGGAACAAGUCGAUCCGGAGCAGGAACCCAAGAUCAUGAAACCGCACAAGCACAUUGGCUUGAUGUGGAUGGACUGGGAUGAGCUGUGGGACACGAUUGACUCCGAAUUGGCCGACGACUGGGAAGAGACGGAGAGGAUGCGCUUCUUCCCGUCCAUGUGGAACAUGUUCCAUAAAUAUCCGAAGCGCUGGGAUCCGGCUUCCUUGGAGAAGCGCCUGAGCUAG